GAUUUUUUUGAUUUUUUAUCAAUAUUCGAUAUUUUCCAGCAAUUUUUCCUUGUUUUACGCAGUGGAGUUCUCUGGGAUACGAGCACUUCAGCUCGUGGUUAUGCUUGUGUCUCAUUACCUAUUGACCAAUAUAAACAAUAUAUUUACGAUUUUAAAUCACUUGAGGUAUUUUACCGAUUAUCCAUGAUUUUUAGUCAUAUGAAGCGACACUGGGAUUUGAAUCCACAACCUAUAAAUUUUGUGAGUUGGUUUUUACAAGGUUGGCGUCGUUCUUUCGAGAAAAAUAAAAAAAUCAUCCAGUCAAAAGUUCAGCGUUUUCAAAAAGCAUGGGAUUCUCAACGCGAAAUGCAGAUAAAGUUUCAGUUUAUUCUCUUAUUGGCGAAUCUUUGCCAAUGCUUUUCGAGUUUUCUUUUUUCUUAUUCUAAUUCAGCUGUCGGAUUUUUCUUGAAUCCUGUUUACCGAUUUUGGUUGGAUCCUAGAGUUAUAAGAGAUAUAAUGCAUCAAUAUGUACCGGAAUCUCAGAAUAAGACAGUUCAAAGUUUAAUUUCGGCUAGUGUUCGAGAUAUUGUUAAGCAAGGCAAGAUGACAUAUCUAAAAAGAUUAGUGAAAAGCCUCACAUCUUCUCCAGUUUGUUUUAUUUUUAAUUCGAUCAAAUUUUUAAGCUUCGUAAUAGCAAAGGAUAAAGGUUUUAAGAUGUGA